UGAGGGGGGGGGGACGUCAGCCGUGUCGCUCCUAGACUCAUUUACUCAGUAUAGAAUAUAGAGUAUAGAAUAUUGAACAUCGGCCCGUGUCUCUGCGCCCCUCGGUGGGGUCGCCUGCGCUCGGCGUCGCGCGCCGUGGAUCUGUGCUGCUGUUGCUGCUGCUGUCACUGUGCGCGCGCUCGCGCCCGCGCCGAGCCUCCCACCAGCGGCCCCCUCCCGAGGCGCGGAGCCGACAAGGAGACGCUCACACGCGGAUUGCUGCAUCCCGGGCUUCCUUUUUUCAGUCGAGCUCAUUUUCGUUCUGCCCCCUUCAUUUUUAUUGGCAAUAAUUAACUGACCAUCAGCGGGUCUUACAUGGCGCGAGGGCUUCGCGAGCGGCUCUCUUCUCCUGCUUCUGGUUGUGGCUCCGGCUCCGGGUGUGAUUUGGAUCCUCGAGCAGCAGCAGCAGCAUCCUCCUCAUCGUCCUGCUCUGCAUCAUCCGGCCCGGCGCGGAGCGCUCACGGUCCCUGCGCGCUCUUCUGCCUUCCUCCUCCUCCUCCUCCUCCUCCUCUGCUCCUGCGUGUCCAGUGAUGCUCGGCUCGUCCUGCCGGACCCUCCCGGCUCCCCUCAGCUCGAGCGCAAAACCCCCUUUCCGGCGGAGACCCCCUGCGAUCUAGAGCCCACAUAUGGAAACUGGAGAUCAGAAUUUCAGGAAAAAGGAAAACUAGGGAACCCUAGGGUUCUCAUUUUUCAUUUAUUUCCGCUACUUCAUUCACCCGUUUAUUUCCACUAUUUGCCGCGCUCGACGGAGCGAACCUUUCCGUUAUUUCAUUUAUUACGCUUAUUUAUUUGACAGUCUUAGUGAUCUGUUGGUCUGCUGUAUUUGUUAUUAAUUUUGUAAUGUUUUAACCCAAACGCCCCCCCCCCCCCAAACCCGUCCCGCGUCUCUCCGUCUUCCCCUUAAUUAUACAGACAGAUAUGUGUAAAUAUACAGAUUAAUAGAAACACUGAGAUAUGCAUGGGUUGCAUAACUUAGGGUAGGAAUAAGCGGAAAACAAAAGAUUUAGGCGCACAGGUGAAGGUAAAGUAAUAUAACCUAUUGUGAUGUUAUAUAUAUACACCUUAUUAUUUACUUGGUAAAAUUGAUGCUCUUACAAGAAAUGUGUGGUCUGGAUGAGGCUUCCAUCCGUGCAGCCUGAGACCCCCCCCCCCUCAACUUCUCCGGUUCCGGCUGUGUGUUUAAGUCAACAGUAAACGACACACAUGUCCGCGCGCACAUAGAGAUCGCACGCAACACGCCAGCGCCGAGACACGUGCUGCUCCCGAAAACUGAUGAUUAACCGAUGCUCCGCGCGCCAAAAGACCAGCGCUCAUUACCCAAAAGAGCGUUUACCUUUAUUAAUAUCGCUUAAUCAAUUAAAUUGCAUUAGGCCCUCGGUGUGAUUAUUCUAUAAUAUAGCUUUGAUCUUUUGAUUGGCUGAACAGUACGGCGCUGACAUUUUUUGACAGUAGGGACACUUGUAGACGUAGGCUACGGGUACUUGUUCAUUGAUUAGCUCUGCUGCCCCUCUGAUACCGAUAAUCGGGGUGAUUUAUCUAGUAAAGUCUAGUAAAAGCAGGCAGCAAUCGGUGCCCCUGUGUUUCCACUUUAUCCGCUCAUCUCGCUCACCUCCACGCCGUUAUUUCUCCUGCUCUUCCGCCGGUACUCGAACCCAACCAUACGGUUCGUGGGGCGGCCACCCUCCCCCUCCCCGCGCCCCCCCGGUCUGCAGAAGACCCCCCGGUUUUUCUCCCUGGUUUGGUCCCGCAAAUUUACAAAUAUUUAUUUCCUGUACGUGAAGAGGAAGGGGGGUCCCCCUUUCAUGGAAUGCGGCAACAUGGGCGUGUUUGACCGCGGAGUGCAGAUGCUGCUGACCACGGUGGGCGCGUUCGCCGCCUUCAGCCUCAUGACCAUCGCCGUGGGCACGGACUACUGGCUGUACUCGCGCGGCGUGUGCAAGAUCAAGACCGCGAGCGAGAACGAGACGAGCAAGAAGAACGAGGAGGUCAUGACCCACUCGGGACUGUGGAGGACGUGCUGCCUGGAAGGCAACUUCAAAGGGAUGUGCAAACAGAUAGACCACUUUCCCGAAGACACAGAUUACGAAGCUGAUGCCAGCGAGUAUUUCUUGCGUGCGGUGCGAGCCUCCAGCAUCUUCCCCAUCCUUAGCGUCAUCCUGCUCUUCAUGGGGGGCCUGUGCAUCGCCGCCAGUGAGUUCUACAAGUCUCGCCACAACAUCAUACUCAGCUCUGGCAUCUUCUUCGUGUCGGCAGGCCUCAGCAACAUCAUUGGGAUCAUCGUGUACAUAUCAGCCAAUGCGGGGGACCCCUCCAAGAGCGACUCCAAGAAGAACAGCUACUCAUACGGCUGGAGCUUCUACUUUGGUGCACUGUCCUUCAUCAUCGCUGAGAUGGUGGGUGUGUUGGCCGUGCACAUGUUCAUUGACCGGCACCGGCAACUCCGGCUCGGCGCCCGGGCCGCAGACUAUCUGCAGAGCUCAGCCAUCACGCGUAUCCCCAGCUACCGCUACCGCUACCGCCGCCGCUCGCGCUCUAGCUCCCGUUCCACGGAGCCAUCGCAGUCCCGUGACGCUUCGCCCGUGGGCCUCAAGGGCUUCAACACGCUGCCCUCCACCGAGAUCUCCAUGUACACCCUCACACGGGACCCCCUCAAGGCCUCGGCCACCCCAACCGCCACCUACAAUUCUGAGAGGGACCACAACUUCCUGCAGGUGCACAACUGCAUCCAGAAGGACCUCAAGGACUCGUCCCACACCAACACAGCGAACCGACGCACAACCCCGGUAUGAGACAGUUCCCGGCUGGAAAAGAUGGCGGGGGGCGUCGGCCUGGGGUCGCCGAGUAAGGGGUGCGUAGGACUGAGGAGGAGAUGCAAGAGGAGCCCCGUAUUCCAGAAAUAAGUUGAUAUACCAGUUCUCAUGUCAAAAAAAAAAAACCACUAAAAAAAUUUAAAUGCAUGAUUUUUCCCAACUACUGUUAUUUAAAAAGAGUUUUAAAAAAUGUUUGUAAAGACAUGAACUGGAGUGUUAUUGGGCUGAAUGGGGGAAGAGCUGGUGGGGCAACGAGAACGGGCUCAGCGAGGAGGUGGGGGAGGGCAGCUUGUAUGUUUUGAUCACAUUUUUUCGCGCGCUUCUCCCCAGUUUGGGAGUUUACAAGCUUUUGGGGUCUACAAGCUCCGCCCUCCUCCCACCUCCACCCCUCCACCCCUCCACCCCUCCACCCCUUCCACUUCGCUCUUUAGUUUAUUGUAUUUAUCAGUUUCUUUCUUUUUUCGCAUUGAAACUGUGAACCACCGUGGCUAUGGAUUGGAAACGGUGUAACUGAAACCCUCGACUUCUACAAAGUAUAUAUCUCUAUUAAUUUUAUAUUUGAAUAUAUAUAUGUAUAUGUAUAUACAUAUAUAUAUAUAUAUAAUAUAGUAAAUAUGUUAAUAUAUGACAGAUAGGCUUUCUUGACUCAACAGAACAAACAUUUGUGCAAACACAAGUGUAAAAGACUCCUUAAUGCCACCUGCUUUCCUGCUUUGAGGACAGGAGAGGGGAAAUGCAGGUAACUCCGCUGAGACAAAGCAGAUGGUGAACUGUUAGACAAAUUCUAUUCUUUUAAACAAAACCUUCUCGUCUUUUUCUGGGACCCUGUUCACUUUCUUUUUUCUUGGCCCCUACUGAAGCAGGGGACCGGAAGCCACCCUCUUUGGACGCCGACAAUAUUUAAAAGAGGCCUAAAUAACACAAAAAGUCGGGUCUGGAAAAAGAAAUAAAAAAAGAAAGGAGAGCGGGGAGGAAAAGAAGAGGAUGCAAAACACAAAACAAGAAGUCUGAGAUUUAUUAAGAUAAACAGAAACUAAGUGACUAAUAAAUUUACAUGCAUGCUAAAAAUUACAGCAAAUCUACUCUUGAGAAACUUACGUUUUAAAGGUUAUUGGUCAUUAUAAGGGACAAACCGGUGACAAUGCAAAAAUCCAAAUGUUUAUGUUCUUUUUUGUCAGCAAUUGUUUUUAUGUCUGUUUUUUAUGUUUUAUGUUUUUUUAGAGGGGAUUUUGUUUUUCUGCUUUGGAUGAAACAAUCAAAACAAACUGCGACAAACAAAUUGCCUUUUUUACAUUUUUAUUUCUUUAUAUAUCUCUGUAUGUAUGUAUUUCAUUUUUAAAUUUCACACAGCCUUAGCCAUACUUUUUUCUGCUCUCAGUUGUGUUGUGUUGUCUUAAAACGAAGCAAAAGUUAUUAAAGGUGCCAAAACCGAAAUGGUCCCAAAACUUGGAUGCAUCCAGACCCCGUGAUGAAUAAAACUGGAAC